AUUCACCCAGUCCUUCAUUCCUUCAAUACCAACUACAAUCCGCUCAUUCAGCAUAAUAAGCCAAUCAACUCUACCCUCCUUAAACAUUUCCUAUUAGCCUAUUUGUUUACCAUAUUAUAUCUAAACCACAAUGCGAUUCACUCUCAACACCAUCCUCACCCUCACAGCAACCCUCACCCCAGCCGUCCUCGCCGGCCCUCACGGCCCGCACGGCGGCCACAGAAGCUAUGGCCACAGCCACGGCGGCAACUAUUGCAGCCAGCCCAUCAACGAGAACCUGAUGCAGUUGACAGGCGAAGCCAACGACAAUGCCCACUUCUGCAGCAGUCUGUCGACGGGUUUGUUGUCUAAUGAUGUCGAUGACCUCAAAUCCCGCCAGGACCAACUGAGAGACGACAUCUUCGGCGCGUACUCCACCCUCCGGGGGAGCAGUUGCACGGAUAUCCACCCCGGGGCGCAGCGAGAUCUGUGUCGGAGUUUUGUAGAGUUCACCCACGCCGAAAAAGCCCUCCAGUACGCCCUGCGCGCCAAAAACGACGACCUCGAGAGCGACUCCGCCUACAAGGAUAUGAUUCGGUGUGAGGCGGAGACGCAGGAGAACUAUUAUCACCUCGCCGAUCUCCUCGUCGAUUUGAACCCUGUCUGCUGCGAUGACAUCAAGGAUGCCACGCGCGAGAUGAGCUGGGCUUUUGCGGGGACUCAGUCGAAGUUUACUGGUAGCUCUCAUUAGGCUGUUACCUCUUAGUCAUUACUAGUUAGCCAUUGACUAGUAGCUGUUGAUGAUUAGCUAGUUAGUGUAUAAAGGGGUUGGACUCCGCGGUGGAGGAGAAUAGUGGAUUGUAUAUAAGGCAGGUGCUUGGUCCGUGUUUGGGUGAG